UCCUCGACGACAAAUGACGAAUAACGAAUUGCAGCGAGAAUAUUUUUGGCGUGGAGAUCCCGCGGACACGGUGAUCACACGAAUCCCGGCUCGUCAAAUCCACGCGCUACUGCUUCUGCAAAAUUUUGCUCUUUCGUCUCCAGAUCCUUUCUGGGGUACCCGAGCGAUUCGAAUUUCAGGAUCGAAGAAACAUUUCUCGCAGAGAACAAACAGGAAUGCAGGAUGCUUGUGAAACGACGACUUCAGGACACAGAGAUCGUCGGUCGGAAACUCUCGGCGGUCUCCAUGUCCUCCCGGAUGAAACUAUCUGUUUUAUCCUUGAAUACCUUUCUCCUCGAGAUAUCGCUCGCCUCGCUUGUGCCAGCAGUGUUAUGUACAUUCUGUGCAAUGAAGAACCACUUUGGUUGAGUCUGUGCCUCAAAAGAGCAAAGGGUCCACUUCAGUGCAAGGGUUCCUGGAAAAAUACCACCUUGUAUCUGGAAGGGGUAACUCAGGAACACGAUGGGGCAUACAGAAAGCCGCUGCAUUUCAAUGGAUUCAAUUCGUUGUACUUGUACAAGCGAUUUUAUAGAUGUCAUACUUCUCUAGAUGGGUUCUCUUUUGAUGAUGGGAAUGUGGAACGUAAGAGAGACCUCUCCUUGGAUGAGUUCUCUAAGGAAUAUGAUGCCAAGAAGCCUGUUUUGAUUGCUGGUCUAGCUGAAUCUUGGCCAGCCCGUAGUACGUGGACUGUUGACCAGCUAACUCAGAAAUAUGGGGAGACUGCAUUUAGAAUAUCUCAGAGAAGUCCGAAUAAAAUCAGCAUGAAGUUCAAGGAUUAUGUGUCUUACAUGAAUAUUCAGCGGGAUGAGGAUCCACUAUACGUUUUCGAUGACAAGUUUGGAGAAGUUGCAACUGACUUGUUGAAAGACUAUAGUGUGCCUCAUCUGUUUCGAGAAGAUUGGUUUGACAUCUUAGACCAUGAAAGUAGACCGUCAUAUAGAUGGCUCAUUGUUGGUCCGGAGAGGUCUGGUGCAUCGUGGCAUGUUGAUCCUGCUCUUACUAGCGCCUGGAAUACUUUACUCUGUGGUCGGAAAAGGUGGGCAUUGUAUCCUCCUGGGAGAGUGCCUCUAGGUGUUACAGUCCAUGUAAACGAAGAUGAUGGUGAUGUCAACAUCGACACUCCUUCAUCUCUGCAGUGGUGGCUAGACUAUUACCCCCUCCUUGCUGAUGAAGACAAGCCAAUUGAGUGUACACAGCUACCCGGGGAAACAAUUUAUGUUCCAAGUGGUUGGUGGCACUGUGUCCUUAAUAUUGAAACAACAGUGGCUGUUACCCAGAAUUUCGUGAAUGAAAACAACUUUGAAUUUGUGUGUUUGGAUAUGGCCCCUGGUUACCGUCACAAAGGGGUUUGCCGUGCUGGGCUUCUUGCCCUUGACGAAAGCAGUUUGGAAGAGAUUGAAAUUGAGGCGAGUGAUGAGGUCAAGGAUACUUUGAGCUAUGCAGACCUUACCAGGAAAGAAAAGAGGAUCAGGAUUAAUAGAGGUGAAGAGAUGGAAAACCACGAAGGGGGUGCUAAUGGUGUAUCAAAGAGAUAUCAUGUUUGGAAAAACGGGUUUUCAUACGAUAUCGACUUCUUAGCCUCGUUUCUUGAUAAAGAUAGAGACCAUUACAAUUUUCCAUGGUGCAUGGGGAACUCUAUAGGCCAACGGGAAAUGAGGGAGUGGCUAUUCAAGCUUUGGGUUCUGAAACCCGAGAUGAGAAAGCUGAUAUGGAAGGGAGCAUGCGUUGCUUUAAAUUCUGAAAAAUGGUUGCACUGCCUCGAGGAAAUCUGUAAUUUCCAUGCAUUGCCAUCCAUUACCGAUGAGGAAAAGCUUCCCGUUGGUACCGGAAGCAAUCCGGUUUAUCUGCUGUCUGACCAUGUGGUAAAACUCUAUGUCGAAGGAGGACUGGAACAGUCUAUGUAUGGUUUGGGAACCGAGCUUGAAUUUUAUGACGUACUUGGCCAGGCUGAUUCUCCUUUGAAAACCCAUGUCCCUGAUGUUCUGGCAAGCGGGAUUCUUUUUCUCGAAAAUGGGUCUUACAGAAUCGUCCCUUGGGAUGGCAAGAGAAUCCCAGAUGUUAUCGCUGGCUGCAAUCUCGGGCUAGAUGCUGUAUCAGUGGUGAAUGGUGAAUUUCCAUUCGGUAUUUGGAGCAAGACUCUAAUAGAACGUAGAAACCUGGAGAACUCAAAUCAGGAUACCUUCAGUUCUUCCGGGACACAUAUUUGGCCGUACAUUAUAACAAAACGAUGCAAAGGGAAGAUAUUUGCACAGCUAAGAGAUGAACUGUCGUGGGAAGACGCAAUGAACUUGGCUUCCUUUUUGGGAGAACAAGUACGCAACCUUCAUCUGUUGCCAUACCCACCAAUCAAAUUUCCAUUGGAUGGUAAUGAUCUUAUCACGAUGGAUGUUCAAGAGAGGUCGAACAUUCCUGCAGAAUGGCGAAUCUUCGUUGGUUCUCUGUGCCAGAAGAAGAAAGACGUUUUCACUCGCCUGGAAAAAUGGGGUAGUCCAAUUCCUCGGCAGCUGAUCGACAAAGUGAACGAAUACAUUCCCGAUGAAUUUUUCACGGAUCUGCUGUGUGUUUACAAGGACAAAGAUUGUGUAGACAAAGCCAAGCCCUGCACAUGGAUACACUCGGACAUCAUGGACGACAACAUUCACAUGGAACCAUCCUUGGAUGAUGACGAUGAUUCCAUCAACUGUCAAAACAAAACAUGGCGUCCAAGUCACAUUCUCGACUUCAGCAAUCUAUCCAUAGGAGAUCCAAUAUACGAAUUGAUACCCAUAUACCUGGACGUGUUUAGGGGUGAUGGGGAUCUCUUAAAGAAGCUUCUGGAGAGUUACAAGCUCCCAUUGGUAAGGAGCCGCGUGUCAAGGGAGAGUCCGAGGGACAAAGAACUCAAACUCUCGUACCGUGCAAUGUGCUACUGCAUAUUGCACGAAGAGAAUGUGUUGGGAGCAAUCUUCGGGAUAUGGGACGAACUCCGUUCUGCGGAAUCCUGGGAAGACGUUGAGUUUACUGUCUGGGGACUUCUUAACAGCUACUCCCUUCUUCCCUGACUUCCGUUUCUCUCUCGCCUUUAAAAAUUAUUCAUAUUCAUAUUUAUACAAAAAAUAAGAAAAUAAUUAUCUGAUUAGUUUUUGUUUCAUGUAAUGACACUAAAACUCCAUAUUCAAUGCUAGCUUGUUACAAAUC